AUCGAUUCGAGUAUCGCCCAUAUGUAAAGAAGAAAGAUAUAAACAGCGUAAACAUGUCAGUUUAUGAAUUCAAGUAACAUAUUUGAUAACAACAAUAAAAACGGUUUUAAAAUAAUUUCAUAAGUCAGCUUAGUUUUUUUAAUAUACAGAAAAAAACUUGUUUGAAAAAAAAAAUUAUGAUGCAUUGCUGUAUCGCUGGUUGUGAUACUGACGAGAACGUCGUCAAUUCUACGUCUGUCUUCUUUGUGAGCUUUCCACAGCAACCAAAUUUGUUCCAAGAGUGGCUAAACAUUCUCACCGCCUACAGUUCACUGCUGGAUGGAAACAUUAACGAGAAUACAAAGCUUUGCAGCUGUCACUUCAGUGAAGAAGCCUUUGAUAAGCAUCCGGUGCACGGUUACCGGUUCCUUCUUCCGACGGCUAUUCCAUCUAUUUUUCCACUGGUAGAAACGAAUCUAGAGUCAGAUAUGAUUAUCAAAUCCGAUUUGGAUGCAAGUGACCUUGUAGAGGAUGAAAGCCAUUUGAUGUUAUAUUCGGAUAUAGCAGAGAGUCACCUGUCUGAUACACCGGAAGAUUUGUUACCCGAAAAUCUGUCAGUCAGUGAACUGGGCCAACCCACAAAAUCUAUUGGUAUCGAGUACGCUGAUGGCAAAUAUUUUUUUCUACAAUCCGAAGAUGAAUAUGCAGAUGAUUUGAUUGAGUGCGAAGAUCGGUUCGCGAGCAAAUCUCCAGCAUCCGUAAACAACGUUGAUCCAGUGUCAGAAUCAAAACCUGACAGUAAGAUUGAACUAGCCAGCGAUAUUGCUCCGGAGUUUGAAAUAAGCGAUCCUACCCACAUUGAGUCUGACAUGGAUUACGUAAUAUUUAAAGAAGAUUCAAAUACUGAUGAUGGAGCAACAGCUUCACUUAUUGAAGUAAUUGAAGACAAAAAGUUGAGCCAGCAGAAUCCUGAUACGGACAUGUCGAUAUACGGUACGGUAGAAAUGCUAGAAGAAGCUGAUUUACAACAAACGUCACGAAAAAGAGGCGCACGAGUUGAUAAACAUUUUUGCCAGUCUUGUGGAAAAGGUUUCCCCUAUGAAAGCGGCUUGAAAAAACAUGUUCUUGUUCAUACCGGUCAAAAGCCGCACAUAUGCAACAUCUGUGGCAAAGGUUUCUCGCAAAAGAUAAAUCUCACUAUUCAUGUGCGCCGGCACACCGGAGAGGAAUCAAUCAAAAAGUUUACCUGUCCAGUGUGUAGCAAAAAAUGCACUCGCAUGAGCGAGCUUAAGAUUCACAUAAAAUCACACUGGAGGAAACUUCCGCACCCGUGCCAGUUGUGUACCGAACGGUUCGCGGAAGUGACAAACUACUACGAUCACCUGAAGUCACAUCAUAAAGACGAGCUAACACUGCAGGAGUGUAUCGACAUGAUUGCUCAAAAUGAAAACGCCGAGCUGAUUGCACCAAAUGAAGACAGUUUGCUAAAGAGUGAAGAUGGUGGUUACAUAUGUGCAGUGUGUAUUAGAAUUUUUCGAAGCGAACGAUUGCUACGGAAGCAUAAACGAAAAAUGCAUCCGAAAGUGUUUGUUUGCUCACAAUGUCCCAAACGAUUCCUCUACAAAAGCUUGCUGGAUAAACACAUACGGGUUCAUACUCAGGAAAAACCUUUCGAAUGUGACCAAUGUGAAAGAUCCUUCACGCAGAAGGUCAAUCUUGAAGUGCAUUUAUACAAACGACACAACGUUCAAGUGGGUAAUAUUGCGCGCAAAACUUGUGUUUGUGAGUAUUGCAAUAAAGUUUUCGAUCGCCCCUCGACACUGCAAGUACAUAUUCGCAAGCACACUAAGGAGCGCCCAUUCCACUGUCGAGACUGUCCAAAAUCUUUUGCAUCGAAUAGUGCUCUGGCAUCGCACAUAAAGCACAAUCAUCGUGGAGAAUCGCUGUUACUUCAACCAGUCCAACGGAAUAUCGUGAGUAACUCUGAAAGUUUUGUUCUCAAGACCUGUGAUGAUCCGUUAAAUAUGGUAGUAGAAAACUGUACAGACGACAUCAAAAUGGUUCAAUAUUCCAUACAAAUUAUAAAUCCUACCGAGCCAGACGAUACACUUUGAAGCAUAACACCAACACUUAUGGUAUUGGUAUGGUAAUGAAAACCUGGAUUCUCGCUUAUUGGAAGAAUUCAAAAAGAUAACAAACUUCCUUCCUCGCGGUAAAUUGGACAAAGCACCCAAGUUCCUGUCUAGCGGUCAAUUUGAGAGUGGAAAAAAAUUGCGAUCUUAUCGCGACAUUCUGCAAGAUGCCGUUGCCCUACAAUAAAACUGAACCUUGAUGAUGUGCAUGGGCUUAUCGACAAAUCAGUAAAAGAACAGCGGUCACAUUCACACAUAUGAAAAUUGGUCUAAAUAUUGAAUGCA